CAGUUCGCUUCCGUUCCGUGUUAUGUGAGGUUCUUGUAGGUUUUCAAUUGCAGCCGUCGUUCCGCACACUGAUUCGUUCGCGAAAGAGAAGUUCGGUCCCUACUGUCGUAAUUUCUUGUUUCGCCUGAGAAAGUUUGCUACGAAAUCGUUCACGCACGGUGUACGUGCUACAGGAAGCUUAUAAGUGCGUGUAUGAGGUGCCUGGUAUUCCGUCGAGUGCUUUGUGCUUUCGGGAUAAACUUCGCGCGUGAUCACAGAUAGAAGAUCAUGUUGAUGAGAAACCACUGCUGUUUACUUGCAUCGCUAUUGCUUCUCUUUGGAUGUAUCCAAGCUACGGAGGAAAAAUUUGAACUUGCGUACAGGAAAAAGGUUAUACAUGAUAAAAACGGAGUUGAAAUAACGUGUAUUGCUGAAGGACUUCAUCCUCAACCAACUUUAAACAUUUUCGUUGAAAAUAUUCCGGAGAGGCAAACUGGGAAUCCUACCAUAACACUACGUGACGAUGGGCUGUAUAAUAUCUUAUUACGAGUCACUUUACUGGAUGAAGAUUUACCAGAAACGGCAAUUGUUAAAUGUUUGCUCAUCAUAUCAAAAGCAUCAUAUAAUGUUUCCCGCAAAACUGUUUAUUAUGCUGGAACGUUUACUACUACGUCAACUACUACAACGAAGUUACAUCGUAAGAUGGAGAUCCAAACUUUAGACAAGUCAGAAACUAAUAAUGAUGAUAAUUCUGCUAGCUACGUGUCAAUUAAUCUUCUAUUGUUAUCAAUAGAAUUAGCCGUUCUCAGAGCAUUUCAUCAAGAACUUAACUGAUUGGAGAAUAGAUGCAACUGUAGAAGAGAAAUGGCAAAGAAUUAAACAAACCAUAAACGAGGCCAUGGUAAGGAAAAGGAUUAAAAUAUAAAAGAAGAAAUUAGGACACAAGGACUGGUGGGACAGAAGCUGUACAAAAAAGAAAAGAGAAGUACAUAGAAUGUAUAGGAAAUGAAGACAUGGAAAGACAGAUUUACACAUUAACAACACUUGUAAUUGCCGUUGAGCGUAAACUGCUUCCACAUAUCGUUGUGCUCUUCAGCGUGCGAUUAAAGCGUUCGACGACCGACGCCUUCAUUACCGAGUACGUAGAAUUAUGGUUGAUGUCGUGUUUUUGCAAUAGUGUCUGCACGUUGGUAUUGUAAAACUCCUUCCGCCCACACGUACUUGCUCAACACAUCGAUGACGGUGAGUAUGUAGUGGUAACCUCUGUUGAAGCGCGAGUACAGAAUCAUCUCGACGAUAUUGGCCUGCCACAGAUCAUCGUACCCUCGAACUAUGACGUGUCUUCGCGGAAAAUUUCUUCUCGCUGAAGCGUGCAGUUCCUCGACGAGUCGUCGUUUUUUUUUUUGGAACUAACGUUGGAUUUCGGCAAUUUCAUGUUAUCAGUUUGAUGUGGUGUAUGAGAAGACACCGAUCAACUGGUUCGUUUCGACGAUACGCGAGUUAAUUUAUAAUAAGACCUGCCUCGCAAUUUUUCGAUGAUGGACAGCAUCUCGUUAUCGUGAGCGUUAUGACCGGCUCGAUGGGAGGCUUCGAGCAACCGUAGACGAUCCACCAGUUCGUUAGGAUUGUCCCAGUGCACGUAAUCAAUCACAUUGUCAUUUAGUGUCAUAGCGCGAGGUAAUUCCAUCCCGAUCGUACAAUCAUAUCCUAAUAACGGUGCAAUUAUAUAUUUAUACUUGUAUCCCUUAUUGGCUAAUAAUCGGCCGUGUGCAACGUAACUACGUUUAUGCGCGUUUGUAGCUAACAAUAUAUCUUUGUAUAUUCGUUUAUCGUUUGCCGUAUAGACUGAAUCAUCGGGAUAGCGUUUAAAGUUUAGCUCGUAAAGACCAUGUGUACCAACGUAUUUUACAUCACCGAUAAUUAUGUGAUUACUACUAUUGACGUCAAACGUUUUAUUACCCAGCAUCAUACCAUCCUUGUCUAAACGAACGCCGUACACGGUAUCCAUAAUUUUCUCUUUUUCACCACGACCGCUGAGGAAAUCUUCGAUGUACUUUUGACCCAGCGGCCCCAAGUGCUGGGAUAACGUUUCUAGACCCUCUGACGUUUGUAAUCGAUUUCGAACGGUUGCCGCAAACGAAUCGUUGACUGAUUCAAAAACAGUCUCGAGAGCCUCGUUUAACAGUUUUGGAACUCCAAUCAUUGAUUGUACAGCUACUGUAUGCGGUGUGGACGUUAUCGCUGACGAAUCUAUCGCGUCGUUGGAUGUACGCUGCACCGACAGUGAGGGUAUAUUCAUUGCAUGGUUUGACGUAUGCUGCACCGACGGCGACGGUAAAUUUAAGACGUCGUUUGACGUAUACCGCAUCAAUUUGCUUGAUUCGUUUAACGUAUGGUCCACCGAAUUGUCUUUUCGUUUCCUCUGUAUCUUAUUCUGUAUCGCAUCCUUCUGGGUGAACCUUCACGGUUCGUCUUUUACCGCACGGACGCCGGAAUUAUCGACAAUCUUUUGCAACGGCUCGAUGAGCGGCUGGAAGUGUCUUUUCGCCGCGAUAUUCUCCUCGAUCCUACCGGUCUUCAACGCGCGAUGUUUCUUUCGAAUCGAUUCGCUCGUUUUCUCAAUCUCUUUCGCGAUUUUCUCGCGCUCACGCGUAUCGUUGUUUUCAACCAUGUUGAUAGAGAGCGUCAAUCCAUUCCGUUUCAUCCCCAACGAAGUAUCGACGACAACGAAUUGCUUCGCGGCACCGCGAACUAGUUAAAUCCUCUUUUGUAUCGUCCGUUAGUAAGCGAGCUAUCCUUGUCUAUCACUAGGAAUCCAUAAUCGCGCUGCCAACAAUCGCGACAUAACGCACAAAAAUCAUCGUACGACAUAUUUGUGUUAACAUGAUCGUUGUACACGUGCUUCAGGUUUAAAUAGGAUCAGCAGGUUCGCGUUGUCGCGUAUAAGAUGUUUAGAUAUUCUUACGUACGACUGACAGAGAUAAAAGCAGUUGACGUUCGAGUGCUGACCCAUCGCAAAAUACUCUCUUGCGGCAUCCUGCUUGUCGCAUGCAAUAUCAUCAAAGAGGAAAAUUGAAUUUGGAAGCGCUUCACUCGGCGGAAAGACGUCACAGUUAUUGGAGAACGUAAAAUAGUUGAUUUCAUUCAUCGAUCUCAACAAAUUCUCCAAAUACCGAUAUUUCGGCUGUUGCAAAGAUUUCGAAUACACGUAGACGUUCUCGAAACGUUCACCGUGUAGGCAUUCCAACAAGUUUAUCAUAAUGUUGGUUUUACCGCAAUUCGAUGGACCACAAAUAAUCGCGCGUAUGGUAGUAGGCAGCAUCGCGCCAUGUUUGCGCCUCUCUCCGUCAUUUCUCAUUAGUCGUAAUUUGUCAUCGUAAUUCGUAACGCAUAUCGUCAACGGCUGUCGUACGAAUCUCAUGUUUUCGAAAUCUGACUAUAUGGCGAAAUCGAACGCCCUAUUAGGUAAGUGAGUGCAGCGUAUGCUUUAUUAUGUAUAUGAGUAUGUGUGCGUGUGUGUGAAUGCAGCGUAGGGAUAGAGAAAGCGCAAAGAAAAAAGAUAAGCUUGUCGCAGCGUGUAUCAAUGGCCGCGCGGGCGUGACGCUAUAUCUCGCAAUGGGUGGCUGUGCUUAUCAAUGGUUGGGUGUAACGCGGCUUAUCGCUGUGCGUACUAAUGGGUGAUCCUGUUGAAGAUGACUGUUAAAUUAAUAUAAAAUUAAUAUAAUUCAACGUAAAUUAAUACACAUAAUGUUUGUCAUUGUAUAAAAAAUUAAUGUAUUAUUACAUGCGUUUAUUCUUAAUAUGUAUUUUUUAUUAUGUAUAGACAACAUAAGGAAUCAGCAACGACUCAACAUUUUAUUCACAUUAUUAACAUUUUAACAUACUUUUAACGUUCGUUUCACGUUUGCUUACGUACUUUUCACGUUCGUUCACGUACAUUUCACGUUCGUUUCACGUUUGUUCACGUACUUCUUACGUUCGUUCACGUACUUCCCACAUUUGUUUCACGUCCGUUCACGUACUUCUUACGUUCGUUCACGUACUUCUCAUGUUCGUUUCACGUUCGUUCACAUACUUUUCAUGUUCGUUUUAGGUUCGUUCACGUACUUUUCACGUUCAUCUCACGUUUGUUCUAAACAUACUUACGUGUAUGUAUAACCGUUUUUAUGUACUUAUGUAGAACCGUUUUACGUAUGUUUAACAUCUCUUAUAUUUUUUUUUCUUUAUUCAGAACGAAACAUGUCGCGAUAUGGGACUAUUUGUAGGCAUGUAAAAUCGCACGUCGCUCAGUAUCAAACAUGUAUCUCAUACUGUCACAUCCCUCCGAUAUACUCGAAUUGACCGCCGAGUAGUUACAAUUUGUACCGAAACCUAUUUUGCUACGUCCCUGGUGAAAAUGGAAAAUUUGAGCAUAAGUUGAAUGUAAAGAGAGAAUAAUAAAAGCGUUAACAAACCUUCUACGAAGUGUGAAUUGAAACAAUAAAAUGUAAAAGAAGUGUUAACGCUUCUUUUACAUCUCAUUGUUUCAAUAUAAUUUACGCUUCGCAGAAGGUUUGUAAACGCUUCUAUUACUCUCCCUUUACAUUCGACUUACACUCUUACUCUCCCUUUACAUUCAACUUACGCUCCAAUUUUACAUUUUCACCAGGGAUGUGUGUGACAACUAUAUUAAACACGUAUGGGACAGGCUUCCGGAACAUAUAAGGGCUGAUUCAGAGGUUCGAAUCUAUCGUUGUUGCUACGAGCAUUACAAUCAACCGUGGCAGCGAACGCACAUCGACGGACCCGCGCCGUUGACCAAGAAUUGUGUCGAAUACCAACUAUCGCAGCGGUAAAAAGUAGCUGUGGUCAUUUGCUGAAUCGUGCGAUAAACGCUCUUCCUUUCGAGUUACAUAUUCCUGGUUACCAGUUUUACGGUCCAGGUACUCGGUAGAAAAAGCGAUUGGCCAGAGGUGACCGAAGUAUAAAUCCGCUCGACACGAGCAUGUCACGAGCACGACAUUGCGUACUCUCGGAGCAACGAGCUCGCCGACAGACACAUGGCGGAAAAGAUCUCGCAGACAAAGUGCUAAGACGAGUAAUCGCGAAAGAUUCACCUGUCGGGGAAAGCCAAGACAAAGAUCGGUAUGGGUAUGAAGAAGAAUUCAACGAAAAAAUCGACGAAAAAAAAAGGAAAUUUCAGGCUGCAAAACGAGGCGAUGCAUUACCGAUUUUACCAAUAUUGGGUGCAUUCGGAUCCUUGAUUGGUGGAGCGACUGGUGUGGCAAAGGCGGUGAACGACAACAAAGCCGCGCGACGUCAGCUCGAGGAGUUACAGCUUCACAAUCGCGCGAUGGAAGGUCACGGCUUAUAUCUCGCCCCGUACAAACGCGGAGGAGGACUAUAUCUCGCCCCAUACAAACACGGAAAAGGUGUACAGAAAAAAAAAAAA